AUGAGAGUCUUCUCUUUCCUUAUCGCGGCCCUGACCUUUUUCUCUGGCGUCAUUGCCGUGGACAUCCAAAAGUCGGUCCUGAUCAGCUACCCCCCCGAGACCCCCGAUUCGGUUGUCGACAAUGCCAAGAAGGCCAUCAAGGAUGCCGGAGGAGUCAUUACCCACGAGUACACUUUGAUCAAGGGCUUCGCGGCCAAGGUUGGAGAGAAGGUAUUGGAGACUGUUACUGCGUGGGGUGAGGAGUACAAGGUCUCGGUCGAGGAAGACGAGGAGGUGCACACCAUGGGCGGCAGCCACAUUGGAAUCUGA